AAUUGGUUUAAUUUGCUUCCGAAGUACGGUCACACUGUCAGCAGCGUCUUUUAAGCGGUUCCGGCUGUUUAUUCUAGUUAAUUACCAAAAAAAAAAACAUAAUUAACAAUGUUUUACCACAUAUCGCUGGAACAUGAGAUCCUGUUGCAUCCACGCUACUUUGGUCCACAACUGCUGGAAACCGUGAAGCAGAAACUCUACUCCGAGGUGGAGGGCACCUGCACCGGAAAGUACGGAUUCGUGAUAGCCGUAACGACGAUAGACCAGAUCGGUUCCGGUGUCAUUCAGCCGGGCCAGGGGUUUGUGGUCUACCCAGUGAAGUACAAAGCCAUCGUCUUUCGUCCGUUUAAGGGCGAAGUGCUAGACGCGGUUGUCAAGCAGAUUAACAAAGUGGGAAUGUUUGCAGAGAUCGGUCCGCUUUCCUGCUUUAUUUCUCAUCAUUCUAUUCCCGCCGAUAUGCAAUUCUGUCCAAAUGGGAAUCCGCCAUGCUACAAGAGCAAAGAUGAGGACGUGGUCAUAUCCGGAGAGGACAAAAUACGGCUCAAGAUCGUGGGAACACGAGUGGACGCAACGGGGAUCUUUGCCAUUGGCACGUUAAUGGAUGACUAUCUGGGUCUGGUGUGCAACUAGAAACGUUUGUACAGUUUAAAUAUAUAUAUUAAACUUUAAUGAAAUGCAUUUAGACAGUUAAACAUCUAUGUGUAUAUAGUAAUAAAUAUGUAUGUACUUUA